GACACGUGUCAAUGUGGAGGAUGAUGCUAAUGAUGAUGUUGCCGUUGGUGAAGACUUUGACUCAAGUCAGCCGAAAGCCAGAAGCAGGACAUCCUACACAAAUUGGUGAUUCAUGCUGGGUUGAACUGCUGACCAAGUAUUCCAUGUUUAUGGAACUUCCUAAUGGUUGUUAUGUGCAAAUAUCAGGUCUUCCAGCUGGUUUCUUAUAUGAGAGGCUAAAGAAUCAAGGGCUACUACAAAGAUUUGUUCCACAAAGGAACAGGAGACGAUUGCGUAGAUCUUUUUGUGCUGAUGAGGACAACCAGCCAUUGAAGAAAAAGCAAAAGAGAGAAAGACUUCAUUCCAAGAGAGGAGCUUCUUCAGUUUUCGCUAAAGAACAUGUUAUUAUGGAAACAGAUGUUUUCCACCGUUCUAAGAUGUUUUAUGCUUCAUCAACUUCAGAGAAAAUUCAUCCAAAAUGCCUUAUCAGUCAGUUGCAAGCAUCCAACAAUGGAGCUCGUUGGCUGAUUCAACAAGCGUUGUUGAUGGGCUCUGAUUUGAAGUCAGAAUUUGGGAAUCACUGCACUUCAAAGUUUCGAAGAAAAGUGUCUGGCAGGCUUACUAAAGGCAUGGUAAACUUGCUGCCUCUCUUCAAGAGAUUUAUAGCCAAGUUCAAGAAGUUAGAUAUUUGUAGAAUUUUAAGCAGACACUGUCCUGUACAGCUGAAACAAGGUACUACUAUUCCUGUUGAUAGAGACAAAGUAGAUAAUAUUGGAUAUCUUCUCUCUUCUUUUUCAAGUCACUACCAGGUUGUAACAGUGGUAACCACAGUCUGCCGUGUGUGUGUGCCAACUGAACUAUGGGGAUCAGUUCACAAUUGGAAAUUUUUUUGCAAAACUGUCAGCUUACUAGUGAAAAUGAAACGCUAUGAAACAUUAUCAGUUGAGCAGCUCAUGUACAAAAUGAAGUCUUCUGACUGCAGAUGGCUAGAGACUUGUUGUCCAGGGAGCAAACACUUCACUCCCUUGGCAGUGUCACAUCGUCGACAACAGCUGUUAACAAACUGGAUGUCUUGGUUGGUGAAUGAUUUUGUAUUGCCCUUAUUGAAGGGCUACUUUUAUAUCACUGAGUCUAGUGUGCAUCGUAAUCGUAUAUUUUAUUUCCGCAAACCAUUAUGGAAGCAGAUUAGUAAGCUAGCUUUCCAAAUGUCUCUUGACAGUAAAUUUGAAGAAUUACUGCCUGGUCAAGCUCAAGAUGCCAGAUUGCUAGGCAAGUCAUUAGGUGUAUCAUACCUUCGUCUUUUGCCAAAGUUGUCUAACAUACGUGCAGUUGUCAAUAUGGGCAGAAAGCAAGAGACAGGCAAGGCAUCCAUCAACAAACAGCUUGAAAAUGCAUUUUAUGUCAUUGGAUUUGAGAAGAAACGAAAUCGUGUAAUGUUUGGUUCAUCAGUAUUUGGUGUGGAUGAUAUUUACAAAAUAUAUGCUCCUUUUGCUGCCAGACACAGGAAAGAUCACUUACAAAAGUCUCUUUACUUUGUUACCUUGGAUAUUUCAGGAUGUUUUGACAACCUUGACCAUAAGACAUUGCUUGGUAUCUGCCAGCAGCUUCUUAGGGAGUAUGAAUAUGAAAUUAGACGAUACACAACUAUGACUGUUUCGAGCUCUCGGUUGAAACUGCAGUUGAAGCGAAAUGCAGCUGAAUUGGGCUCUGCAUUGUUCUCUGACUUUGCAACUCACUUAGCAGAAAGUGGACAGUGUCAUAAUACUAUCUUUACUGACCAAGUUAUGUAUUCUUUAGUUCAAAGAGAGCAGAUUUUGCAACUACUUCAAGCACACAUUACUUGCAACAUUGUCAAAGCACAGGGAAAACACUAUCGCCAGACUGUUGGAAUUCCACAAGGCUCAGUUGUGUCUACGAUGUUGUGCAGUUUAUAUAUUGGGGCUGUUGAAAACUUAUUUAUCCAGCUUUCUGAAGAUUCGGUUCUAAUGCGUAUGGUUGAUGACUUCUUGUUGAUCUCUUACUCUCUAGAGGAAGCAAGGAACUUUAUUUAUUCAAUGCAAACAGGUCUGGAAGAAUUCAACUGUUCCUUGAAUGUUUCAAAAACUUUUGUAAACUUUGAUGCUGGUUUUGAGUGUGAAAGCAUCUUACAAGAUUUCUUUCCAUGGUGUGGCUUUUGUUUUAAUAUUCACACGUUGGAUGUUCAAGUUGAUUACAGUCGAUAUGAAGGAAAUUAUUUAUCAGACUCUCUGACUGUGGAUAGCACAAAUCAUCCAUUUCUUGACAUGAAGCGUCGUCUGCUACUAUUUUUGAAGGGAAGAAUUCACCCAAUCUAUCUUGAUGAAAAUUUUAAUUCAAAGGCAGUGGUGACUUGCAAUGUGUACCAACUUAGUUAUCUUAUUGCCAUGAAGAUGUUGGUUUACUUGAGGGAAUUACCAACCAGAUGUUAUCAGUGUUUCAGCAUGAAGAAUUUUACAGAUAUGCUCUCAGAGUUUUCUGGACAGUUUGUCGGUGUUGCUCAACUGAAGUGUUAUCAGGUUAGAUACAGGGGCUGAUGUCAUUAGUAGAAGAAACAUUAUGGCAGAGGUUGGGGAGCUGAAGUUGAAGAUGAGUACAGAACAUUUGCAGAAUGCUUUAGGAAGGCUGAUGAAGUUCAAGGGUGUUUUC